GGUUUGGAUGUGCAUUUCACCCAGGAACCUCAUAAUCCAAGCUACUUUAACAAUGGUAGUGAUGCCAACCUGGUGUGGGACUACACUGAUCCACAUAAUAAAAUUCAGAGCAUUUUCUAUAGUGUUCUGGUACAUAAUAUAUUUGUCACAAUGUUGGUUAAUGACAGUCAUGGUGUGCAAGAACAUUCUUCAAUUCCUCGAUCUUACAAAGGAAGAGUUAAAAUUGAAGGAAGAGCUACCCUUGUUAUCAAGAACAUUAACCCUGCAGAUAAUACCAAAUUUAAGUGUGAAUUGGAGAGAGGCUUAAGGACUUAUAGAAGUGUAGUGCAGCUUAUUGUGGCAGGUAUGUAAUACAGACAUAAACAUUAAUCAUCAAACAUAAAUCAAAUGCAUUCAACUCAUGUCUCUCAUAUUUCUUGAGAUCUGGAGAAAGUAAACUAGCUUAAAUUUGUGCAAACCCUUAUAUGCAGGGCUGAAAGUGGCUGGCUAACCCGACCUUUGGGAACAAUGGUGCUUCUUUUACUUGGAAUGUGAUACCAGUCACUCCUAAAAAGAGAAAAGAGUUAUCAAAGACUUAUUGCUUUAUUCUUCUGGCACCAACUACUGGGUUGCUCUGUUAUGCAUAGAUAACUAUUAUUAAAAUGGGUACAGAGAUUUUCUCUCAGCAAAGCUGUCAAUUAGAAAUGGUCAGUCAGAACCAGAAACGACCCAUUUGGUGGGGUAGUACAAUUUUCCUAAAUCAAUUAAGAAAAAUUUUGCAUGACCAAUCAUAAGCAGCAUGUGAAAUUAAUUUGGUGUGAAAAAAAUGGUAUUGUUUUUCAAGCCUUUUAAUGAGACUCGCCAAAGGCAAUGAAAGUUGGCACAGUGUCAUUUGCUGCUUUCUGAGGAUUAUGAUCUUUAAGGUUUGCAGAUGUAAAUCUAGUCUACAGAAUGCUGAUUUCCUCUAGUAAUAUCUGACACUAAGGAGCAAGUCAAGAUUUGUGCAUUAUGGAGAAAAAUUUUAUCAAAGUUAUGAAAGCAAUAAACCAAUGAAGUCUAAGCAUGCAAACAGAAGAUAAUUUAAUGAUGAUCAGGUCGGCCAGGUAGGAAUGAUGUUCUUAGCAGAUGCUGUUAUUCAUGGCAGUCAGUUAAACAGCUCCAAUUUUAUUGCUGACUUUGGUUGCUCCACUGAGGAACUGGCUGAAUUCCACAAAGAGCUAGAAGAGACUAAAAGUAUUAAAUUUCAAUUUAGAGUAUGAAACGUUUUGUGACCUUAUGUAACCUAAACUUUUCAAAAACUUUUCAUGUAUAAACAGAAGCCUAGUGUUCGUUGAAUAGACUUUUUUAAUCUUCUUUCCAAGUGUUUUACCAUUCAUUUUUUAAUACAUUAUAUUGGAUGUGCUAACAACAUUAUAUAUAAGUACAUAAAAAUGACUGUGAUAUUUAGUAUGUACAACUUCUUUGUCAUUUGACUGUGAUUCAUAGUUGAAAACAUUUGUGUGAUAUCAAUACUCAUAUACAAUUUACCUGAUUGUUCACUUAAAAGAUUUUAUUCACUUAUUGUGAAAAAUCCAAACUCACUAUUUACCCCAUUCAUUUACUUGUUUUUGGUCCGUUACAACUAUAGUGAAUACAAAUUGUUUGUGCUUAACAGCCAUUACAUAAUCUUCUUUCUUUCCUUGUCGCUCAGUUGGAACCAUGUGACUUUCUACAUCAUAAUAUUUUAAUUACGCAUUUGCUAAGGUCUGUGGGCUUAUUUUAACUGCAAUGCAAUACCUGUAACACUACCUCUCUUUCCAAAUUGUCUUUUGAUAGCAGGAUACCAGGUUUUAUGGCUUAAAAGGGACUAAAUGAAUCAUUGUUUGCAUGUGGUUCAUGCAGCCCAAAGCCAAUCCAUGUCUGAAAGGCAACUUCUUGAUCUUUAAAAGCAAUUGGAGUUAAUGUUUACCCAACUUUCUGAAUGAGGUGAAACUUUGUUUUAUUGGGUCAAAUCUACUCCCUGGCAUAUACAGCAUCAUUUAUUGUAAACAAAUGGAAAAAAGGAGAAUUUUCAGUAUUCCAACUGAAUGAUAAUUCAGUUCAGUUAAUUAUCCUUUGAUGAUAGUUUCAUUUAGCUUUAGCUUCUUUUGCAUGAAAGUGGUUUGUUUUGGAUUGUGGGAUAGAUCAAGCUAGCAUACACCUACACAUGGUGAAACAUGUCCUACUAUGUAACUCUCUUAUGGCUCUUGUACCCAACAGAUUUUUGGGGAUGUUUCAGAGGUAGCAUAUCUAAGUCUUGAAUAAAGGUCAAUAUAAAUCGAAACAAAAGUACAUAGAAUUCUAUAAUAGUUCCUGGUUUCUUCUAUAACUCCUUCCAAGAUUUUUUAAUAUUGUUAACUGGAUGACAAGCUACAUCUGGACCCACCAAAAUUCUGGUACUGUUAAGUAAUCGUACAUUAAGUUUCUGUAUACUAACAUGUAUCUGUAUGAUAUCUUUGUCACAACUUCAGUUGGAAGCUCUUCAAAUUGGUGGCUCUUAAAAUCUAAACAAAGUUUAAUAUAGUCUAUUAUAGGUAAGUGGGGAGAUGAAACUAUUUUAAGAUACACAAGUAGUAUUAUCCACCUUUAGAUCUAGGAACUUUUUGAGCAAACCACUCCAUUGUCAAGGAUUUUUUUACAUACAGUUUCCUCAACCUUUAACACUGGCACAUAAUAUGUUACCAAGUACUAUUCAACGUCAAGUUUUUACCUCUGUCAUUAAAAAAUUAAAUGGAUUUUCUUCCUUUCACAAAUGCUCUCCCAGCUACUCUGGUUUGCAAGGUCUUUUUUGCAUUUCUUACUCAAACCUUCUAGCACAAAUUGUUAACAGUGGUCUCCAUACAGUCCAGUUUUAAUGUAGGAAAUUAAUUCGUUUUCUUUGCACUUGACUUGGGCUUAAAAACGUUUUAUUUGUGAGUAUAAUUCUUCAAAAUGUGGAGGAAAUGUCGGAAACUCUCCCUUCUACAAACUCCCUUUGCGGAGCAAUCAUGAUGAACAAUCAAAUUAUUUAAUGUUUCAUAAAAGAACUAUACAAGGAGAUGAGUAAGUUCUUCUCUUAACUUUAAGUAAUGGGAAAGCAGCAUUCAGCAUGCCACUGGUGUAUUCUUUUCAUCCGGAAAAAUCUAUAGUGUCUCUUUCAUUGAAAUCUCAGUUCUCUGGGUUGAGGAUGUCUUCAGUAGAUCUUUUGUCAGGCCAAGUUUCAAGUGAGGUGUGGCUUGAUUAGCGAUGCUUCUAUUUGCUUGUGCAACAGCAAAAAAUUUAUCCAAAAACGUGUGAGUAGCUUAGAAGCCAGGAUCAUUAGCCCAAUAAGUUACUUCCUGAAUUAGCUCUUAAUACACGUGGCUAGAGUUCUGCUUUAAAUUUAUAAUUUUGCAUGUGAACAAGUAAAAUUGUAUUGAAAGAUGAUUGAGCUUCCUUAUACUAGUUGGUUUUGAACUAAAAUUUGCUAAGCCAUAUGAGCAAUGAUAUAAUCACUUUUACCUUUCAGAGGCACCACUUAUAAACAUCUCUUUGGGAGGAAAAUAUUACAUUGAAGGAUCCCCUGUUAUCAUAACCUGUGAGGCUUCUGGGAAACCACUGCCGGAUGUAGCAUGGUUUAGAAAUGGAGUACUGGAAAGUUCAGGGAAGAAAGCUUCGUCUUUAAAGUUUGAUAAUAUAGACAGAACAGAUGCAGGACAAUACACAUGUCGUGCCAAUAACUCAGUGGAAGUCACUUCUGUUGACACAACAAUUGUAGUUCACUGUAAGUAUAUUUUAACCUUAAUUUUCUAUCUCUGA